CCCGAUGGCGCCUCAGCGGAGGGGCGCGCCCAAGGCGCCCGAAAGCAGCGGGGUGGCCGAACGCAGGCGCCCGAGCAGCAUGAAGAGUGCCCGGGCACCACGGGAGGUGUGGAGAAAGUGGCUGAGAGCCACGGUCCUGGGGGUCUGUGCCACGCUUGCUGCACUCCUGCUCUGGGGCAGUCUGGGGAGCGAUGAUGGUGUCACUGAGGUCCUGGCUCACCGUAGUGAGGUCCUGCUGGGCAGGUUCAUCGAGGUGCCCUGCUCCGAGGACUAUAACAGUCACCGAAGGUUCGAAGGCUGCUCCCCUACCAGGUGCGGCCGGGGCGUCACGGAUGCUGUCAUCACCAGGGAUGAAGCCCGGCGGAUCCGCAGCAUAGCUGAGAAGGGGCUCUCCCUGGGAGGAUCCGAUGGAGGGGCGUCCAUCUUGGACUUGCACUCAGGCGCCCUGUCUGUCGGGAAGCACUUUGUGAACCUGUACAGAUACUUUGGGGAUAAAAUAGAAAAUAUCUUCUCAGAGGAAGACUUCCAGUUGUACCGGGACGUGCGGCACAAGGUCCAGCUCGCAAUCGCCCAGGCUUUUGGCAUCAGCGCGUCCUCGCUGUACCUGACAAAGCCCACGUUCUUCUCCCGCAUCAACAGCACAGAGGCUCGGACGGCUCACGAUGAGUACUGGCACGCGCACGUGGACAAGGUGACCUACGGCUCCUUCGACUACACCUCGCUGCUGUACCUCUCUGACUACCUGGAUGACUUUGGCGGGGGGCGAUUCGUGUUCAUGGAGGAGGGGGCCAACAAGACGGUGGAGCCCAGAGCAGGUCGGGUGUCCUUCUUCACCUCGGGGUCUGAGAACCUGCACCGAGUGGAGAAGGUGCACUGGGGCACCCGCUACGCCAUCACCAUCGCCUUCACCUGCAACCCGGACCACGGCAUCGCGGACCCAGCCUUCACGUAGCUCCGGCCGCGGCGCCCUCCAGCGG